UGCACGGCAGAAAAUACGACAACGCUUUACUGAAGUUGCGGCCUGGGUUACAACUCUCAAGGCCCAUAUAACACAACACGACGACUGAUUACGACUGACGACGAACUUCGCCUUCCGCAUACAAUCUUGAACAAAGAAACGAGUAAGCCGGUCGGCGAGCUCCAAAUGACACAAAACUCAAAAAGAGCGCUUACAGCAUCUGCGUAUCAGCAACUUGCUCCGCCUACAUACUAUCGCACUGGACCCUACCCACCAAAUGUGUCACACGAAGUGCAAAUAUCACAACUCAGACAUGCUCCACAGCCACUGAUCACCGGUAUUCCCGCUGGUAUUAGGACGGGUGCGCAAAUCACAACGAGGGACGAUAGGGCUAUCAGCAAAACAUGGCAUGACGAGUGGGAGACUGAGCCGAGACCAUUCGGCCCUAGAAGGCCGUUGGCGCUGCUCAACCAGUCUGUGCAAAUCAAUCUUCAAACACAUCCUCGCAACGCCAAGCGUGUCUACCUCAAUCACUGGGAUCGCCAACACGAACCGAACGGCACCACUGCACAACGGCUGGUAAUACAAGAGAGGCAGGUCAGGAUGGAAAGGCGAACUAUGAUACUAAGGGCUGAGCAACAAGAGGAAAGGCGCAGGGAAGUGAAGCAGGCAGCAAUGAACGCGGAUGUGGUUGAUCUUACCGGAGAUGGCAUAUCAGAUGAAAAGGGCCCGUGGAGACAUGACUCUGUAGGACAUGCGGGACUUCCCGGUUCCUCUGGAGAGACGAUUCACACCUGGGAUCAUUCAUGGCAACUAUAGGCUACAGGGAUGUUCGCAGUUGUCUCUACAAAUGAGCGAGAUGUAUGUAGUCGGGCUUAGAACGAGAGUCUUCAGUUAAGUCCAGUUUCCUCUUUCACGAACCUGCAAACAUUUCCAUUAAAGUCUCUCAUUUGCAUACAUUGGGUAAA